AUGUUUCUAUGCUCUUCUAUCCCAACUACAAAAAUCUGCUUCUUCAUUUCUGCCACAAAUAUCCCUUUUUCUUCAUCUCCAAACCCUCCCCUCCUAAGAUUUCGCACUUCUAAUCGUGAAAAUCUCCGGUAUCUAAAAUCCCUCGGCAUUAUCAAGCCAGGAAACAAAACCUACAAAAGCCCAUCACCUGAAUCCCUUUUACAUAUCUUAUCCAUUGUGAACCUCCUAAAUUCCCAAGGAUUCUCCGAAGCUGAUAUAUCAAGAAUAGCUCUUGUUUGCGACCAGGUAUUUUCACCUGAAUUUAGUCCUGCCCAUGUUGAAUCUGUUUUUGAAUUCUUCAAAUUUGAUUUGGCUGCAACCCCAGAAGAAACUCGAGGUUUAAUUCUUAGAUGCCCUCAAAUUCUUGAAUCCAAUGUCCCCUUCUGUCUGAGACCGACACUGAUUUAUCUUAAAGAACUGGACAUUGGAAAUUUAAACUUGCCAACAACCUUAAAUGCUCAUCUUCUGAAUACCCGAGUUGAUAAAUUGGAAGAAAAGGUUAGAUUUUUGGGGGGUAUUGGGUUUUCCUACGAAGAAUCAGCAAAGUUUUGUGCUAGAUUUCCUGCUAUAUUUGGUUACAGCAUUGAACAGAACUUGUGGCCAAAAUAUGUGUAUUUGGUUGAGGAGAUGAGGAGGGAUAUCCAGGAACUGAAACUGUUCCCUCAGUACUUUGCUUUCAGCCUUAGAAACAGGAUUGUGCCUAGACAUUUGCAUCUCAAAGAAAGAAAUGUUACCAUGCCUUUGAAACGAAUGUUGCUGUGGAGUGAUCAACGCUUUUAUGCUAAAUGGAAAUAA